CCCUUCCUCCGUCUUCCUCUUUCUGUUCCUUCUCUCUGGUCCAACACGUGUCCUGUCUGAACCAGAUGCAGGCCUCCCGUUGGGUACUUCUGGUGGCCCCAGUGCAGUAUUUUGCCAGAGUUUGUCCCCAGAACAGCCUUGCGAAGCCGACCUUAUCGUCCCAUUUUACAGAGGAGGGACUGAGGCGCCAGAGGGGUAUUUCCCCAGGGUGCACAGCAGCGAUAAUCAGAGGGGAAAUCAGGACUCAGGCUUCUGGCUCCAGAACUUGUCUGUGGCUUCAGGUCUGUCCCUUCCAGCAGCCGCUGAAUUCCUUGAGCACAGGGAUGGUGGCUCGUUCAUCUGUCCCCGCAGCACAUACGCCCAGGAGCUCUGGGGCUCCCCACAUCCUGCCUGGUAUGGUGGUUACCUGGGACUGUUGAAUGGGUUUUUCUGGAUGGUUACAGGUGGAAUGGAAGACUAGCCAGAGGAGCCAGGAGGUCAAAGGGCUUUUGUUAUCAAAGCAGGAAAAACCUGGGGAGGAAGAGGUCCCUGUGGUUUCUCCACCCCAGCAGCUUUGAAGAUAAGGGGGGCCUGGGGCAAAGGAGUUAAUGCCUCUGCACACUAAGAAGCCUCGGUCACCUACUUCUGUGAGCCCUGGCGGCAGCCCAGGAGCGAUCCUGCUGGGCCAGACCUGCCUCCACCAAGGCCCAGGACAGAAGACGAGCCUGUCUGUCCUGGAGGGCAUGGGCUUCCGUGUGGGCCAGGCCCUGGGCGAGAGUGUCUGCCGCUGCCCCCAGGCUGCCCCAGGAGACGCUGGCCUUCAGGGAGGAGCUGGACGUCCUCAAGUUCCUAUGCAAAGACCUGUGGGUGGCCGUAUUCCAAAAGCAGAUGGACAGCCUCCGCACCAACCACCAGGGGACCUACGUGCUGCAGGACAACAGCUUCCCCCUCCUCAUCCGGAUGGCCUCCGGCCCGCAGUAUCUGGAGGAAGCACCCAAGUUCCUGGCCUUCACCUGCGGCCUCCUGCGAGGCACCCUCAGCACCCUGGGCAUCAAGAGCCUGGUCACCGCCUCCGUGGCAUCCCUGCCCACCUGUAAGUUCCAGGUGGUGAUUCAGAAAACCUGAGAAGCCCCAGGCCCGCACCCCAGCUGAGCCUCACCGCCGCCCUGGCCCGGGGGGGCCUCGGACCACUGCCUUUGGGGGUGGCCCAAAGG